GAGGAGGAGGAGGAGAUCUUCGAUCUAUUUCUGAACAGAGGAGAGGAGCGGCGGCCAUGUUAACCAAGAAACCCUGCGCCUCGGUGCUUCCGACGGCCAAAGGGGGCGAGCUGGUCUGCUCUCCUGGUCUUAUUGGUUCUCAGCGUGGAGAGACAGCAAGUCAGAGUUCCUCCCCCAUCACUCUCCCCCCUCUACGCAGCAACCACAACUUGACGGGAGGUGCAAAAGUGGCCAUGUCAGAACAUCUUCAGGUGUCCGCUCAGACCCAGGGCCAUGAGGACAACACCAACAAACGGACGGUUCUGACGGCUCAACCCAACGGCCUGGCCCCACUCAGCACCCGGCCGGGGCUCCCCCUGCCUGACUGCCAAUCAUCCUCCGAGCCCGCCCACAGUCGCCACAGCAGCAGCGCCUCAAUCAAGUCAACAGACAGCAAACCCAAAACGGUGCCGCUGACCCCGGACCAGGCCAUGAAACAGUUCAUGGCCAAACUGUCGUCGUUUGAACAUCACGAAGUUUUCAGUUAUCCUGAAGUGUAUUUCAUUGGUCCUAAUGCUAAGAAGCGUUCGGGUGUGAUGGGCGGAGUCAACAAUGGUGGCUAUGACGAUGACCAGGGCUCAUACAUCCACGUACCACAUGACCACAUUGCCUACCGCUACGAGGUCCUCAAGGUCAUUGGGAAAGGCAGCUUUGGACAGGUGGUGAAGGCCUUCGACCAUAAGACUCACACUCACAUGGCUUUGAAGAUGGUUCGCAACGAGAAGCGUUUCCACCGCCAAGCAGCUGAGGAGAUCCGCAUCCUGGAACACCUGAGGAAGCAGGACAAGGACUCUACCAUGAAUGUCAUCCACAUGCUGGAGAAUUUCACCUUCCGAAACCACAUCUGCAUGACCUUUGAACUCCUCAGUAUGAACCUCUACGAGCUUAUAAAGAAGAACAAGUUCCAGGGCUUCAGCCUCCCCCUGGUCAGGAAGUUUGCUCACUCCAUCCUGCAGUGUCUGGACUCACUACACAAAAACAGGAUUAUCCACUGUGACCUCAAACCAGAGAACAUCCUGCUGAAGCAGCAGGGCCGCAGCGGCAUCAAGGUAAUAGAUUUUGGAUCCAGUUGUUAUGAACAUCAAAGAGUUUAUACCUACAUCCAAUCCAGGUUUUACCGAGCACCAGAGGUCAUUCUGGGCUCUAGAUACGGGAUGCCUAUUGACAUGUGGUCUCUGGGUUGCAUCCUCGCAGAGCUGCUGACUGGCUACCCACUGUUGCCAGGUGAAGAUGAGGCAGACCAGCUUGCUUGCAUUAUCGAGUUACUGGGCAUGCCCAGUCAGAAGCUUCUGGAUGCAUCCAAGAGAGCCAAGAACUUUGUGUCGUCUAAAGGAUACCCACGAUACUGUACCAUUAGCACCCUACCUGAUGGCUCUGUGGUCCUGAAUAGUGGGCGCUCGCGGCGGGGCAAGGUUCGUGGGCCACCGGCUAGCAAGGACUGGAGCACGGCACUAAAGGGCUGUGAUGAUCCGUUAUUCCUAGACUUCCUUAAGCAGUGCCUGGAGUGGGAUCCAGUGCUCAGGAUGACCCCCAGCCAAGCCUUGCGGCACGCCUGGUUACGCAGACGACUUCCCAAACCACCCAUGGGCACCCCUUUGGCUGAGAAGACCUCCUCCUCUAAAAGGAGCACCACAGAUGGAGCCAUCACCUCCAUCUCCAAGAUACCCCCCUCCUCCUCCACUUCUUCGUCCUCUAAGAGCAGGACUAACCUAGCAGCCAUCACAGACGCUAAUGGGAACAUCCAACCCCGGACAGUUCUGCCCAAGUUGGUUAGCUGAGAGUUGGCUUCCAUUUGUCAUUUAAACACACAGGGGCAUUUAGAGAGUCCAGACUAGCUAGCCCAGAACACAUCUGGAGCUAGCAUUGUUUGGGUGUGUUCAGAAUGCUAACUUCUUUUAAAUUGCCGACUGGUUAGCUCACCUGUUAUGUUGGUGAUUAUAAAUGGCUGAAGAAAAACCAUUUUGUCAUUUGGGUUGCUUUUAGACCCUUCCAGAAUGACCAACAAGUGGUUUGACCUA